ACAGUGGGGCCGCCCCUCCAUUGACUUCACCCGGCCGGGGACCGGCCGGGGACUCGGCAUUGGAGAGGCCGAGGCGUGCUUGGCUGACCUUCGCCGUCAAAGACGUUUACCGUGCAGACGGCCCCAGACUAAGCCAUGGCGAGCGAGAAACCGCCCGUCGCCUUCAUUGGCCUCGGCGCCAUGGGCUUCGGCAUGGCCACCCACCUCGUCAAGCAAGGCUACAGCGUCACCGGCUUCGACGUCUGGGCGCCCACCCUCGAGCGCUUCCGUGCCGCCGGCGGCCUGACCGCCAAGAACCCCGCCGAGGCGGUCGCCAACAAGCCCUUCUGCGUCUGCAUGGUGGCGACCGCGCAGCAGGCGCAGAGCGUGCUCCUCGACGGGCCCGACGCCGCCGUGCCGGCCCUGCCCCGGGGCGCCGCCCUCCUCCUCUGCUCCACGGUGCCCUGCGACUACGUGCAGUCGCUGGACCGGCAGCUGCGCAGCAUCGGCCGCGGCGACGUCCUCCUCGUCGACAGCCCCGUGUCGGGCGGCGCCACGCGGGCGGCCGACGGCACGCUGUCCAUCAUGGCGGGCAUGUCGGACGCGGCGCUGCAGGCGGCCCGCCCGCUGCUGGCCGAGAUGGCGGACCCGGCCAAGCUGUACAUCGUGCCGGGCGGCGUCGGCGCGGGCAGCAACAUGAAGAUGGUGCACCAGGUGCUGGCGGCGUGCCAGAUCCUGGCGGCGGGCGAGGCCAUGGGCUUUGCGCAGCGGCUGGGGCUGGACCUGGCCGCCGCGCAGAAGGCGGUGCUGGCGUCGGACGCGUGGAACUGGAUGUUCGAGCACCGCACGCCCAGGAUGCUGACGCAGUUCCAGCCGGUGGCGAGCGCGAUCAACAUCAUCACCAAGGACACCAGGAUCAUCACGGCCGAGGCGCGGAGGAGCCAGUUCCCAGUGCCCAUGACGACCGCGGCGGAGUCGGGUUACGAGCGGGCCGUCGAGAAGGGGUGGGGCACGGAUGACGAUAGCAGUCUCAUUCGGCUGUACACCGAGUCCCAGGGUAAUGACCCGGCACACGGGGAAAGCUCCGAAAAGACGGACGAGGAGAAGCUGGCGCUGGUGGUCGACCUGCUCAGAGCCAUCAACCUGUGUGCCGCUGCGGAGUCCCUCGCGUUUGCCAGCGCCGUUGGCCUGGACCUCGACCAAGUAUUUGACCUGUGCGUCAAUGCCGCGGGCGCCAGCGCUGCGCUCAAGCAGUACGGACCGGGCUUCAUGGACGCUCUCCGCGCUGGCGGUGCGUCAAAGGACUGGGUCGCCAAGGAUGGCGAGAUGGGCGUCCGGGAAUUCGCGGACAGGCUGCGGGCUGCUGUCGAAGAGGCUCGGAGGAUAAAGGUACCGCUCAUUUUGGGUACAAGGGCGUUGGACGUAUUGAGCAACGUGCUGCGUUCUGAGACACCUGCACUUGCUGUGAGCGCGCUGGUCAAUGCAUGGGUAGCUGCGCCGUCCACGACCUAAGACGACAGGCAUGCGGUUAUUUUGGAGCAAUUCUGGGUAGACGAGAUAGAUCGAAAAACCCCGAGAGCUGUCGAGGAUGCUGCU